AUGCAUGCCUGUAAUUGCAGAUGUUCAGGAACUCCAUCUAUAUCAACACCUCGGCUCAUGGACAAUCGGUCAUCAAAGUCUGGUUCAAGUGUGUCUUUGAUUUCUGGCAACAGCACUGUGGAGAGAUCCAGCUCAGAGAAAGUGGCUCCAAAUGGACAUUCCAGGACACCAUCUACUAGCGGUAACAUUUUCUUCAGCUAUGACAAGUUGGAAGAGUCUGAAGUUAAAGACCUGUUAGUUUGUUUGCUGUAUAUUCUGAAAAAUUUGAAUGAAGAAAUUAUACUGGGUUGGUGGAACCAGUCAACAGAAAAGGAACAGAUAGAGUUCUUUCAGAUAUUAGAGAUUUGUUUGUAUCAGUUUAGGUAUCAAGGGAAGAAAUUGAUUGCAGCUAUAAGUCUAGCUGAAGGUGACAAAAGUAAGACGUUACCACCCAGAAUUGUGAGACCGCAUACAUAUGCUGGUCGGUCUUUGAGUAUGGCAACUGAUAUUGCGGCUCAGCUUGUUUCAUCAUCUGAUGCUGAUUCGGUGUAUAGGAGUUUGUUAGAAGCUAACAUGGCUACUGAAGUUGGUAUUACAGUACUGGACAUCAUAUGUCUAUAUUGUUUACAGUUUAAGCACCAGUUAGAAGAAGAUGAUGGUGACAAUAUUUUAAUGAGAAAAGUUUUCGAUAUUUUCCUAUCCUAUCUGCAAAUGAGUCAGUCUGAAGUUUUACUCAAACAUGUUUUUGCUGGUUUGCGUACAUUUAUUAGCAAGUUUCCAACAGCGCUGUUUAAAGGCCAUGCACAUCUUUGUGGUGAUCUGUGUUAUGAAAUUUUACGGUGUUGUAAUUCCAAGUUAUCAAGUACUAGGAAUGAAGCAUGUGCCUUGCUUUACUUGUUGAUGAGAAAUAACUUUGAAUAUACAGGGAGACGAGAGUUUGUCAGAGUUCAUAUACAGGUAAGUGGAUACCAAUAG